ACUAUUCAAAUAUAUUUCUUUUUAAACAUUUACACUCCCUGAGUGCACCAUCCAUUAAGAACACACACACACACACACACACACACACACACACACACACUGAUCGAGUUACACAGAUCUAGGUUUGCUGUCAGGAUCCUCGAAGCCCCGUCAGUUUGCUUGUCCCUCUCCACCUGUAGGAUUCCUUCCAUUUGCAGGAUUUGCUUCAGUUUGAUCCUAAAGCAUAUUAAAGUCAUCAUCCAACAUCAAAUAGCACCAUUCAAUAUGGAGUCGCCACUGUGUCAUGGCUGUGGGUCAUCAGUUACACUCAGCUCCACCUGGCUCCUCUCCAGACCUCGGUGACACAGCGGGACAAGGAAGAAACGAGACAGCGAGGGAUUUGACCUGCCUACUCACCUGCAUCAUGAAUGCUGUGGAGAAGAAGUGAAUCCAACACAGUAUCUCAGAGUCCCUGAGGUCAAAGGUCAAGAUGAUGCAACGGAUCCUCCAUGACAUGUACGUGGAGCCGGAAUUGCUGGCUGAGCUGAAUGAGGAACAAAAGCAGAUCCUCUUCUACAAGAUCCGGCAGGAGCAGGUCAGGCGCUGGACAGAGCGCGAGGUAAAAGAAGAAAGUUCGGAGAAGACCUCGACUCAAUCGCUGAAGGAAGGCGAGAGAAAGCGUGUACAGUGGCUAAGUGGCCUUGAUGGUGAGGUAUGGGUGUGGGUGAUGGGUGAAGCUGCUGGAGAUAGGCCUUACGAGCAGAUCAUCAAAGCGCUGAUGGAGGAGAAAGCACGAAGGCAGGCCCAACUCGAGGCUCAGGAGCUGUGGCGAAAGAAAGAAGCCGAGAUCAAGCAGAAGUUUAGGGAUGCCAUCGCUAAAGAGAAGGCACGUCUGGUAGCCGGGAAAUGGAAAGAGGAAGCAGAGGACAGAAAAGCAGCCAAGCAGGAAGAAGAGCGCAUCCAGGCGGAGCUGAAGAAACGUGAAGAAGAAGAGAGGCAGAGGGGAGAGGAAGAGGUUCGGUGUGCUGAGGAGAAACGAGCGAAAGAGCUGUACGUGUCGCUACAGCAGGAGCAAAGACAAAGCGAACACGAUGACAAGGAUUGGGAAGAACAAUUGCAGCGUUCCAAAGCGGCGGAUAAGGAGAUGAUGAGGAGAGCACGCUGGGCGAGGGACGAGUACAAGCGUCAAUCCAGCCGAGCCACUGAGAAAAGCCAUUUCAAGCAGCAAAUCCCCGUAAGCAGGAGACAAAGCGCGAUCGGAGCGGAGCCAUCAGACAAAUCCCAGGAUGACGUCCCUCCUUCUGGUAAAGGGCGUUCUCGAGCCGGGCUCCAGCCUGCCGAACCGCCGCUGUACCGCCGGAGACAGAGCCGCAGACACAGUGGCACCGCAGCACAGCCGCUCAGGGACAGCCCUCCCUGGGUUCGUGCUCCUCGUCCCAGCUCUAGAGAGUCGCUCAUACUGUGGUUCAAUGAGGACCAGAAGCCGAAGAGGGCUGGAUAUGAACGGACGAGCGACAUCGUCGCCACAUGGUUUCACGGAAUAAUUUCCCGUGAGGAAUCAGAGAAGUUACUGAUGAACGAAGCUGAAGGCUCCUACCUGGUGCGGGUCAGCGAGAGAAUCUGGGGUUACAUUCUAUCAUAUCGCACAGCCACUGGCUUCAAACACUUCAUGAUUGAUGCUUCGGGGGAUUAUUACAGUUUUCUAGGAGUGGACCAGAACCGCCACGCCACUCUUGCUGACCUCAUCGACUUUCAUAAGGAGGAAGUCAUUACCACCACCGGAAAGGAGCGAUUAAAGGAGGCAUGCAGGCAGACGGCGCCCCUUGGAGACUACGGAGGACUUUUCCCUUAAACCUUCACAACCAUUAACUUGCUGUUAGAUGUUAGUCUCUAGAAGCUAAUGCUGUAUUUAACGAAAAGUCGUAAUUUCCGACCGCUGACUUAGAAAAUCUCGGAAUUCCUGUUUUCUAAUACAGAGUUCAGCAAAUUACAUCAAAUCAAAUUGUUAACAAACGAGAUUCUCAUGUUAUUUCUCUACAGUGAUUUGCCAAUGAUUACAGUUUUUAUUUAUUAAUGAAAAUCUCAUUUAUUUUUUAUCCCUUUACAGAUGCAUUUAAUGUUGUUGAAGAUCCACAAACAUUUUAAAUUUCAUCCAGAUUCUCCAGAUUAGAUUGGAUUCAUUUUGAUUUUUAUUUGCAUGAUGCUUUUGUCAAUGGACGUUGUCCCAAAGCAGACUGAGAGAAAUAUAUAAACUCUGGAUAUAUAUAGUUUUUUGUUUAAUUUUUAGAGUAGAUUGGAUUGAAAGACUAUCAUUUUUGUUUGUUUACACUAUUAAUGCAUAAACUUUCAUAAACUCUGCUGAAUUGUUUAUUAAAUCUCUUGAUUACAUUCUUUGUUCAAAGAAAUAGGUUUCUUCUUGGUGCAGGUUUCAUGCACUGAUGAGCAAACGUGUGAACCAGAUCUGAAAUUCUCAUGAGAAACAACUGAAAAUGAAACUUCCGUUUAGAAUCUGGUUC